GCCUGUCACACAUAUUGAAAAUCAGACUAGUCGGAUGGUUGCGUAUUGUAGUUUUAGGGACAAUUCGAAGUGAGGCGAUGGCAUUUCAGGUGAGUAGAUGGUGGUUAUAUUAACAGGCACAAGGAACUGUGCUUGGUCUAGACAUUUUCCAUCAUAUUUCGAUGUUCCAUUUGUGUUACCAACUUCUUGUAGCACUAUCGUUUAAAUAUUCCUCUAGAUAGGUAACAUGUUGCCUAUGGACCAACUUGCGAAAUCGAAGGGGCCGCAAGACGGCCCUUCUUCUACCCACAUAGAGAAUAACGAAGUCGGCAAUAACAGAGAUGAUAUCCAGGCCCAUAGAGGGGGCACCGGAAAGCGGGCGAUCCAGGUCUGCGCCACGGCUGCUUUUGGUGGAUUCCUCUAUGGCUUCGCGGUGAACUCUAUGAGCGGAACCUUAGCGCAAACCAGCUUCAUACAGUUAUUCCUAACGCCCGCAAACACACCAGCUAUCACGGACGGGCUACUAGGUUGUUUCAUGGGCGGUGCUUUCCUUGGGGCUAUUAUCCAGGCUCCCACUUCGAAUAGAUGGGGGCGUCGCAGCGCAAACCUCGUGGCUGCCUUUAUUACGAUCGUGUCCGGGGUCUUGCAAUCUGCAUCCUAUCAUAUCGAGAUGCUCCUCGUCGGUCGUGUUAUAUGCGGCAUUGGUGGCGGAAUGAUGAUAGCUAACAGCCCAGUCUACAUGAGCGAGGUCGCUCCGCCUCACACUCGCGGCCUACUUGUGGGGUUCCACGGGGUUGGAAUUGGUACUGCUUAUGCCGUCUGCUCGCUAUUCGGCCUGAUAUUCAGCUUCGUCCAGAACCCAGUCCAGUGGCGUCUAGUAUAUAUCGUUCAAACCGCUUUAGCGGUCGGGUUUGCCUGCUCAAUUCUCUAUCUACCGGAGUCUCCGCGAUGGCUUAUGGAGAAUGGCAAAGAGGAACAGGCAAUUGCCGAGCUCAGAAAGUUACAUAGAACGAAAUCCGAUCCGAAUGGCUCUCUCGUUCGCGCAGAAGCAAUACAGAUCAAAGCUCAGGUUGAAGCGGAGAAUCGCUUGCCUAAGGGGUACAUGUCCAUCCUGAAAACACCACCCCUUCGUAAACGAGCAUUAUGCUCUAUCCUAUUAUGGACGAUGGGACAAGGUACCGGAAUUACCGCUGUCGCUAGUCUAUUCCCUGUUCUGAUGGGCGGACUUGGAUUCGGCAAUACUCUUCAGCUCGGCUUGGGCUGUGCAUGGACAGGCUCCGUGAUCCUCGGGUGCGUAUUGAACGUGUUGAUCAUAGACAGGAUAGGCCGCGUUAAGCUUCUUGUAAUUGGAGGAGUAAUUAAUUCUAUAAUGCUUUCUGUCAUGGCGGCACUCAUGAAAUAUUACCAAAACACCACAUACAAACCCGGGAUCAACGCCCUUAUCGCCUUAUACUUCAUCUUCGGGUUAUCGUUCACGUCAACGAUCGAUUGUGCCUCAUAUGCCUACGGUUCAGAAAUAUGGCCCACGCACCUAAGGAGCGAAGGCUCUACCCUAGUUUUCGCGUCCUUCUUCGCCAAUGCCCUUGCGUAUAGUGCUCCAAUCAGCCAGGCUCUGGAUAAUAUUGGUUGGAAAUACUACCUCGUCUUUAUCUCGGUGACUAUGGUGUCCACAGUGAUUAUCGCGGUUUAUUUCCCAGAGACUAAAAAUCUCACGCUCGAAGAAAUUUCCUCAAAGUUCGGCGAUGAAGUAGCUGUCAAUUUCGAGGAUGCCAUUGCGGCUGAACUCCAGGCAAGAUCCAGUGACGGAAAGGCGACAGGGUCAUCUAUACAUUCAGGGGAAAGAGGUCCACGUUAGACUCGGAUAUGCAGAGUUGAUUACUUAUAAUAGACUAGGUAUUAAAUCGAGAUCUUCCUGCGAGAUCUUGCCAUUCAAGGGCAGGGGACAUAUCCGAUUCGUUAGUUUUAUUAGGAAGGUACCUAAGUAUUAACUGUUUGUUUCUACGGGCGUAUACAUACCCCAUGUCAGGUAUUAACAGACUUUAUAUAAGGCUGGAUAAACGAGA